CGCGCGACAUCCGUGUGAGGCGUAUCGUACGCGUUCUGCACCGGCAGGCCGGUCGAUCGAACCGGUCGACGAACCCUCGACGCGAACGCUCCGCGAGAUCGCUCGUUCCGUCAUUCCGUAGCCGAGGACUCGGUGGUCCCGUCAGUUUUUCGCCGAUCCCGGAGGGAGCGCGAUCGAGAACGAUCGUCGAUCGAACAAAGUGCGAUUUAUCUCUCUCGGUCGCAGUGCAUCUUACUUUUAAAGAGUGCACCGCGAAUAUUGGCGAGAAUCGCGGCGGGCGAUCGACUUCCGGAAGUGAGUCCUCUUGAGGGAGUGAUCGAGGGAGACGGUCGCUCGAUCUCUAUCGGAUGCGGGAAUUCGUUCAAAAGCUACCGUUCGAAGUCUCGAUUAAUCGUAACGUCGACUUAGAUCAAUCCUCGGAUCAGGAGGAAAAGGAUUGCCAUCCGGAAAAGUAGAGAGAGAGAGAGACCUCGGUUAGUUGAGAAUCUCUCGAUCGGUCUUAGGCUAUCGCGAGCUUAAGACAAUAAUCGUGAGACGGUGGCACGCACAUCCGUGACUACACAUUAGGGACAUUAAGGGAACGCGUGUUGCGAGCAUUAGGGGCCGAGCAUCGAGAACCCUUCGAAGGGAAUCGAGCGCCGAUAAUCGGGAUCGAUCUCGCAUCGAUUAAAUUCAAAAUCGGGCCAAAGGGAACGCCGGAGCGGAGUCGAGUAGCUGCAUCGAAUUGCACACGAGUUUCAAAUUGCGCAUGAUAUAGUAGUGAAAAAUAGAAUAGAAAUAACGGGAUAAUAAAAGGGAAAUUGGAGAAAAAUUGGAGAGGAGAGCGCGGGACUCUGGACGUAUAAGAAGCAACGCUGCGAGGGUUUUUUCCCCCUUUCAUUCGGCUAAUGUAAACUGGAUUAAUAUUUCACGAUCGCGAUGUCGUAAAUAACGUAAAUUUCAGACGAGGUUCGAGAACCUCGCGCAGAACACAUAUAAUAAAAGGAAAGCAGAGGGAAACCGCCACGGAAAGAUGAAACGGUCCCGGCCGGCUGGUAUCGCACGAAUUAGAACUUCCGGCUACGUCUUAUUGUUAGACGUUAUUUAAUUCCGCGGGGAAACAGAUGGAAGCUGGAAGAUCCCGAAGGUAGCUGAUAACUUCGAGGGUACUCGAAGCGAGACAACAUCAUUCCCGCACAUGCGGAAUCCACGUAUUCCCGCGCACGCGGUAUCCCGAGAUACUCGACCGAGGUGUCUCUCCUACGUUUGAGAAAUUUGUAAUAACAAUACUCGUGGGAUAGAAACGCGAGGCACCGUUUCCCUCCCGGCUACGUAUCCACUGCUCUCGCGAGAUUCGCGGAUAAGGAGAGCGGGUUAAAUGUAAGAACAAUAAACUGGAAGAUAAAACGUUUAACCGCGGAGAAAACGAGACCGGGAAGAAGGAAUUUCUCUAACGAUAUCGCGUACGCUUAGUUGUUCGCUGAUGUGCGAUCGGAAUGGACGACCCAUCUCGCUGAACCCGGGUGAUUUCCACGCAAGGGCGACCGGUCGACGGCAAACGUCGAGUUCGCUGCGAUUUGGAGAAUCCGACUCAUAAACUCCGGCGCGAUUAAAUGCCACUGUCCCGAUGCGUGCAUUGUCGUUGCACUCGAAAUCUACGAGACACUUGGCACGCGAACACUCGAGAGACAAAGACAACGACCUUUGCGGGCUGUUUCGCGCUCGUGGAUUCGAGGGAGCCCGCUAUGCUGUCCGUCACUGCGCUUGAAAAAGCUCGACACACCUCGUGAAAGGCCGAUUCGCCGCCCGAUAAUCGUGGGAUGUUGCCGAGAAGAAUCUGAAGUGUGUGAGAGAGAGAGUAAAAAAGAAGAGAUAAGCCUAUAAUGAUGGAAGACGCGUUGGGGUCCAGCACGAUGCGAGGAGAAACAUGAAAUAACGGACAGCACCGUAUCUCGCUGCCCCGGAGGGCUCCCCAGCGUCUGGAAGCAAAAGACCGGUGGACACGGAGAAACACGGCAUGGAUUUCCCGAAGCGGGAGUGGAGCCACAGGCUCAGUCUUCGUGGCAGCCGACGGGCUCACGAGGGUGAAAUCGGGCACAGAACGAUAACCGGGGCCCCCAGGACCACCAGAAGAUGGGCGAGCCUCAGGCAACAUGUGAGCAGUAGCCAUGACGGCGGUAAACCCCGCGUUGAGCUGCUGUUCAAUACAUCGGGUUCCAAACCCUCCACGCCGUCCUCGCAACCGCACACCCCUAAUACACCGAAAACGCCGCACACCCCGCCCAUCAAGAAGUCCAAUUGGGAGGUCAUCGAGCAUUUCACCGGCGCGCCGCGUCCCUCCAUCAUCACGGUGGCUAGAGGAUCGGAGGUCGGCGUGGCACCGACAACUGGAAGGGAGUCUAUGACGGAAGCUGCAACGAACACAGGAAUCACACAGCACACGCGGAAAUGCGCUCUGAGCAGAUUCCUGAGCUCGCUCUGUGGCUCUCAUCAUUUCAAAAACCUGCAGGUUGAAAUGCUGUACCAGCGCUACUUUCUACGUAUGAAUCAAAGCAACAUGACACACGUGCUCGGUCUACUGGUCGGCUUGGCGCUCGCAUUGGGCCUACUACUUAUCGUGAAGUUAAUGCUGAUGAUCGACAAUCAGCCGCUCUUCACGCUGCUACAGAAACCUGAAAAUCUUUCCCUCGCGAUCACCUUGGUGACCUGCAUCGCUGUUUACGCCGCUUUGGUGGCAGCCAUCUCCAGGCCGGGUAUGAAUGAGAUAUGGCUGGCGGGUGUUAGUGGAGCGGUCCUAGUCACCCUGUUGGCCCUACAGGUGACCCUGAGCAUUCAUUUGUCGCGACAGCACGAAGCGCGCGAGAAUACCGGCGAUACGUCAUUCUCCUCUAAGUCGAAGGACUUGCGGACCGGGGGGCCCCUCGCCGCCGCCUUGACGGCCUGCUUUUUCAUCUAUAUGGCCUACGCUCUAUUGCCGAUCAGACUCAGGCAUGCCUGCAUCGCCGGGGUUGUCUUCUCGGCCGCUCAUCUCAUCGGAGCCUUCCUGCUCUACCAGCAGUAUCCUUCCAUAAUGGCACACUUGCUGAGCUCGAUCGUGGUAGUCGGCGGGACGAACGUAGCUGGCGCACUGACACAUCACCCACGGGAAUUGGCGCAAAGACAAGCGUUCCUUGAAACUCGACAAUGUGUCGAAGCACGUUUGACCACGCAGCGAGAGAAUCAGCAACAGGAGAGGCUUUUGCUCAGCGUAUUACCAAGGCACGUCGCCAUGGAGAUGAAAGCCGAUAUAGCGGGAAAGCCGAAGGACACGAUGUUUCACAAAAUUUAUAUUCAAAGACAUGAGAACGUCAGCAUUUUGUUCGCCGAUAUCUGUGGAUUUACCUCGCUCUCCGAUCAAUGCACUGCCGAAGAGCUCGUCAGAUUGCUCAACGAACUUUUUGCACGGUUCGACAGGCUAGCCGCUGAGCACCACUGCCUCAGGAUAAAGCUCCUCGGAGACUGUUACUAUUGCGUUUCCGGACUUCCGGAGCCACGGCCCGAUCACGCUCACUGUUGCGUAGAAAUGGGAUUGGACAUGAUCGAUGCAAUAACAUUGGUUCGCGAAGUAAUGGCCGUGAACGUGAAUAUGAGAGUCGGUAUCCAUACGGGCCGGGUUCACUGCGGGGUUCUCGGUCUGAGAAAAUGGCAGUUUGAUGUUUGGAGCAACGACGUGACCCUAGCCAAUUACAUGGAGAGCGGAGGCAUACCCGGGCGUGUGCACAUCACAAAAGAGACUCUGGAUUGCUUGGGCGGGUAUUAUGAAGUCGAGGAAGGCCGCGGGGGUGAGAGGAACGCGUACUUAAAGGACCAUAACAUCAGAACCUACUUGAUUGUCCCGGGAGACACAUUUAAGGAUAACAUAACUAGUUCUGGGAUGCGAAAAACCUUCCCGGCGAAUGGUAAUGUGUCCAAAGAGAUGAGAGUUAUGGGCCACGGUUCGCAACAUGGAAAACACACUAAAUUAGGCUUCGGUGAAACCAUUGAGUGCGAUAAGGAUCCCGAAGAUGAAGUGAACGAAUACUUGAUGAGAGCGAUCGAUGCUAGAAGCAUAGAUCGAUUGAGAGCGGAGCAUUGUACGCCGUUUAUAUUGACAUUUCAAAGACCAGAUGUUGAAGAAAAGUACUCGCGCGAGAGGGACAGGAUGCUCUCGGCUUAUUUUGUGUGCUCCGGUUUCGUCUACAUGGUCGUUGUGGUCGCAAUAGCCAUCACCCUCGCCGGGAGCAUAUACUUCUACAUCUGCACGGCGAUUAGCAUACUGGUGAUAGCCCUGGUCAAUGGCAUUUUAUUGGCGGAAAAGAACGAGAGGGUGCCAGAAUGGGUGAGAAGCAUGGCGUUACAGAUCUUCGAGAAUCGCAUCAUCGCGCAGAGUAUCGCGUCUAUCGUCGUGUUUCUCACGUUCAUCACGGUAUUAUCACCGCUGAUUACGCUGACCGGAAGUGAGGCUUGCGACAACAAUAACACGUCCACCGACGAGCGGCUGAGAGGGAAUCCCAGCGUAAUGAAAGUACCAACAAAGAGUACCGGCAUCUGUGAUUAUAUUCUUUUCUGCGACUUGUUUCCGGUUCUGGUGAUGCUAGUGAUGGUAACCUGCGCGGUAUAUCAGAUCCUAACGCUAGUCUUUAAAGUAGCCGUACUGAGCAUCGUCGUGGCUUGUUAUCUCGGGGUCAGCAUUUACCAGGCACUAAAUGAGGACAACGUCGAGCCCACUGGAAGAUGGUUGGCGGGUGUACUAGUGGUUUUCUUCAUGGCCUGCCUAGUAGCACACUCCCAGCACACAGAGGCGACCUACAGAUUGGAUUUCCUGUGGAAGUUGCAAGCGACCGAGGAGAAAGAGGAAAUGGAACACUUGAAGGCCUACAACCAGAAAUUGCUCGCGAAUAUACUUCCGGAACACGUGGCCGCCCAUUUUCUGUCCACUGUUAAUUCAGACGAAUUAUACCACGAACAAUGCGACUUUGUGUGCAUCAUGUUCGCCUCGAUACCGAAUUUUUCCGAGUUCUACGUAGAGCUCGAGGCGAAUAACGAGGGCGUGGAAUGCCUCAGGCUUCUCAACGAAAUCAUCGCGGACUUCGACGAGUUACUCGCCGAGGAGCAAUUUAAGUACAUCGAGAAGAUCAAGAGUACGGGCGCUACGUAUAUGGCCGCUUCGGGCCUAACGAAAAGCACCUGCGACAUGCGAGAUUUCAAGCACGUAGUCGCUAUGGCGGAUUACGCCCUACGAAUCCGCGAGCAGCUGGCCUAUGUCAAUGAACACAGCUUUAAUAACUUCCGUAUGCGCGUGGGCAUCAACAUCGGACCGGUGGUCGCCGGCGUGAUCGGUGCCAGGAAGCCACAGUACGACAUCUGGGGCAACGCCGUGAACGUGGCCUCCAGGAUGGAUUCUACUGGCGUAUUAGACGGGAUUCAAGUCACCCAGGAGGUUCACGAUAUUCUGGUCACUAAAGGAUAUCCGCUCACGUGCCGCGGAACGAUCCAAGUCAAAGGGAAGGGCAGUAUGAUAACUUACUUCCUGGACGGGCCGAGGGACAACACGAAGUCUAACCAAAUGGAUAUCAUCAAGACGAAUUCUAACAACAACACCGACCCCGCGGAGAAAACGGUCGUGAACAAUAGCGGCGGGGCUGUCUGAUUGGUGGGAAUGCUCGAGCAAGAAUUCGCGAUGGACGACACGUCAUAUCGGCGAUAGAAAGUAUCAAUUAAUUCUCGCGCUAAGACUUUUUCCAAGUACUCAAGUCCAAAAACGGCAAUAUAAUGUCCAGGGCACGUAUGCGCAAAUUGGAGUCGUCGAGUGCCGUCCGUAAAUCGACCGCUGACGAUCGGGAUAAUUGCGUCACUAGUUUUAAGUCUCAAGGCAAACGAAGCAUAAUCGACAUUCGCAGGAAUAAUCCCGGCAUUUCGUUGCGGAUUUCGCGUUAAUUACAUCUCUCGUUUGAUCACGUACCGACUUUUAAAUUGAACGGCCAGAUAAAAUUGACAGUUCAUGGCAAAUAUAAUUGGAAAAUGCUGAAUAUGAAAAUUUUUGGAACAGCAUAAUGCCUCAGAAACGCAUGAGAAACGCUAAUUAAACAACGUUGAUUAACACAGCGAGAAAAAUGUACUAGCAUAUUGAUCGCAAUUACUUUUGUAAGUGAUAUGAAAAGAACAUUCUUACUGAUAUAUUCGAGUCUUUCGCUGAGAAUGUAAACUUACCGAGAUUACUAUUGUACAAGUUUAGUAAUUGCAAUCGUUGGCCAAAUUCGAGUUAAAUGUGCACCGAAAUGCCGGAUAGUAGCGAAAUAUGAGGGCGGAGCGACAACUCGUCCUCCUGUACAUUCGUCGUACUUAAGCUGUUCUUGAACAACGCCUACAAUGUAUGUGAUUAUGUGUUAGAAGUCUUCAGUUCUCUCGAAUGCUAAUUAACGAUGGGUUAGACGAUGGUUGCAUUUACGGUAAUCGAUGUUUGAACAGGACGGCCAGAAACGGUAAAUAUCGUAAACGAUUUCUUUCGAGGAUGAGCAGAUGUACUAAUUAAUUGAAGUAUUACGUAGCAACAAGUGUCAAUUUAUGCUAUAAGCUUAAAUGUACGCACAAUUAUUUCAUAAAACAAGGUAGCUAAAAUUCCUUAUAAUUCUACAUUCAAUCGCGUUUCCAAAAAUUCUUUCGUAUGUCGUUACGUUAUAGUUUAUUAUAUUACGCUAAUAUAUCCAAAAUUAGAUUUUUUAAAUAUUUUAAAUAGGUAAAUACUUCUCAUAACUUGAUAAUGUGCUUUGACAAAAAUAAUUUGUAAAAUAGAAACUAACGUAUUUAUUCUCAUGACAAUAAGAACGCCAACAUCCUCGAAGAAAUAGAUACAUUUCGCAACAAAUGUGCAAUAUUAAUUUAAAAAACUCGGGCCAAUAAUGUGUCAAGUCAUAUGUAGCAAUUAAAAGUAGCAUCACAAAUAAUUUAUAAUUUCAUCAAAUAUUAUUCGGAAAAAGAAAAUCUCAUUUUACCUUUUGACUCAGUAUAUUCUUGAUCCGAAAUUUUCAGCAUGUCAUUUGUAGAUAGCAGCUUGAUUAUUUUUAAUAAUUACGAAUUAAUUGCGAUGCUAAUUUUUCUCGCGACGUGUCCAACGAGUUGGACAUUUUCUAGUCAAUAUGAAGAGAGAAGACUCCCAUGAAUAUAUAUCUAACCAGAAGCAAAUCGAAAAAGGUUAAGCCUGAUACAACGAAACCGUGGAUGAACGAACUUUAUAUGUAUAGACAGUUUGCGUUAACAAGAAGGGGACCACGGCGAGUUAAUUAAUAUAUUCUAGACUCAACGAUUGAAUUGUAGCCGCUUCUAAGGAUGUGAAAAAAAUCGUUGUCUUAUUUUAUAUUCUCGUCUGCUCUUUGUAAUUAUAAAAGUCGAUAUUUUAAGAAAACAAAACACAUUCUCAAUCAUUUCCCCAUAAUUCAAUAGAAAAUUAUUUCUUGAAAAAAAAUCGGUAAAAGUUAAUAUUUCAUAUUUUAAUAAACAUGAAA